AUGAAGCGCGGUUUCCUGUUCAUAAUCAUGAGCCUCUUUAUUGGCUACUUUGGCGUGGACGGCAUCCUCUUCGAGAACACGCUCGAGCUCUUCUCCUUCGUGGGCGGCUCUAUUCUUUUGCUUCUCUUUGCGUUUGCUGGCUUUCUCAUCGAGGACCGGCACCCUGUGUUCUACAUUCGGUUGUCCUUCAUCAUCCUGUUCGCCCUGGCCAAUAUUGUGCUGGCCAUCCUGGUCUACAACUCCUUUGGAUGGCGGGUCUUCAAGCGAAUAGGCUCCGACAAGAAGCUUGUUAAUGCGUACAAAGUCUACCAAACAUUCGUGUCACUUCUCAAGAUGGACAUCUUCCUGACGCUUGUUGGUGUCCUGAUGCUGGGCAUGUUCCUUCUCCGAGGAGCCAACAUCAUCGUCGACGUAGCGUUGGUGGUUGCGAGCAUCAUAUGGGCCGUCAUCACCACCGUCUACGGCGUUCGUCGAGAGAACUUCAGGGUGAUGCUGGGCUUCUUCGCGUUCGCCCCAGUGGAGCCGAUCUACAUCAUCGUCAAGUACAUCGUUGCGUCGGUCACCCAACCAGACCGAUUUGCGAGCGAUGAGGUCCCGCCGGUCAUCGUGUUUGGCACGUUUGCGCUCAUCUGUCGGGUGGUGCUGGUCAUCUUGAGCUGUUUUGUCAUUCGAAAUUUUGGCAAGGGCCUUCUGGAAGUGUUCCACAAGGAAUCCACCAACAAGAUGGACUACGACGCGAUCCCCGUGUAUGUGCAAGACGACGAGUACGCCGCCUAUGAAACGUUGAUGUAG